UGUCACAAGGUUCAGUAUGUGUAUUUCAGAAUGAAAAGAUCUCCCUCCAUUUUCCUCUCUCUUAUACAGACCCAUUCCAAUUUACGUUUAAGUUUCAAAAUCCCUGUACCGACGACUCGACCGGACCAUGGAGCUGAUUUUGUGGGCUCUCUCAUUUUUCAUUGAUCUAGCUCUCAUGGCAUCCACCUUUUAUCAGCUUGUUAUCUUGACGGACUUGGAGGCUGACUACAUAAACAUUUACGAUACAGCAUCUCGCAUUAAUCGCAUCGUCAUCCCCGAGUUCGUUGUGCAAGGAGUACUCUGUGCAGUUUUCCUCAUCACAUGGCAUUGGUUCAUGUUUCUGAUGACGGUUCCCCUUGCUUGCUAUCAUGUGAUGCUAUUUUUGAAACGGCAGCAUCUUUUUGAUGUCACUGAAGCAUUCAGAUUUCUUAAUGCUGAGAAGAAGUUUCGGAUGAUCAAGCUUGGUUUCUACUUAGCAUUAUUCGCCAUAAUCACAUUCAGGCUUGCGUUAUCUGUUUUCAACUUUUUAAGUGAUGCAGAGGAUGCUGUGCAUUUAUUUUGAUUGCCCACUGCUUGAGCAGUAUGGUAGCCACUCAUUGUAAGUUUGUUUCUUUUGAAAAGAGUUCUAGCUCAUAGGUUUAGAUAUGCUAGCACUCUUUGAUUUGGAUGAACAUCAUCAAUCGCUUCCGAGUUUUUGUAAUAUUUCCCUAUAUUAAUUAUGAUAUACAAAAAUGCUCCCAUUGACGCAGUGUUGGAAAAACCAUGUAGGCUGACUUUUAAUCAUAUUCUUGAAGUAAGAUUUUUA